AUGGCGCCAACGUCCGACCCGCAAGACGCGUUGUGGGGCCUCAGGUUCUCGGCGCGCAGCGAGACCCGGACGCGCUGUGCUAGCUCGCCGCAGCAUGUGGUGUUUUCCGUUUGCGCUUCUGUUCGCGGCGGCGGAGGAGAGGACCCGGCCGCCGUCACCAUGAGCUGGCCAAAGUGCGGCCCAGGGGCCACCUACGGCCCUCCACCAUGUCCCAGUUUGGCCCUCUAUGUCCCAGUGCGGCCCCCCACAGAGUCCCAGUGCGGCCCCACAGAGUCCCAGAUUGGCCCUCUAUGUCCCAGUGCGGCCCUCUAUGUCCCAGUGUGGCCCCCUCAGAGUCCCAAUGCGGCCCUCUAUGUCCCAGUGCGGCCCCCUCAGAGUCCCAAUGCGGCCCUCUAUGUCCCAGUGCGGCCCCCACAGAGUCCCUGUGCGGCCCCCUCAGUAAAACACUCCAGAUCCUGGCGCCGCACGUCUCGCCCGACGCCAAACGCAGAGAAAGGAGAAGUGUUUCUUUCUGCGCACCGCGGUUGA